CUCGCCGACACUCACCGACUGGCCACCCACCAUGCAACCACACUCACACACCGAUUCAACCCUUCUCACACACUCCACUCCAUCUCACCAAUGGCCACGAUGCGUGCAACAACAGAUGCCCAAGGUUUCUGCCAAGGACUCCAAGAAGGUCGUCGACACCAAGGCCAAGCGCGGAAAGAAGGACCCCAACAAGCCCAAGCGCGCCCUCUCCGCCUACAUGUUCUUCGUCCAGGACUGGCGUGAGCGCAUCAAGUCGGAGAACGCCGACGCCGGCUUCGGCGACGUUGGCCGUCUCCUCGGUGCCAAGUGGAAGGAGAUGUCGGACGCCGAGAAGAAGCCUUACGAGGACAAGGCCCACGCCGACAAGGACCGUGCCGCCCGCGAGAAGGCUGCCUACGACGCCAGCAACGGCAAGAAGCCCAGGAAGGCCAAGGCUCCUGUCCAGGAGGACGACGACGACGAGUCCGACUAAACGGCUCACGCCGAUCCCACACUCCCUUCUUCUCUCCGUGUCGCGUAUACCCCUUUCGGUCCGCUUCGAUUUCGUUCUGGGUAGUUGCUCUCGGGCGAUCGUCUCCAGUCUCAUUCCCUCCGCUUUCCCCUCUCUUUUAUGAUACUGCUCUCGCCGCCCAAUUUAUUGUUGUCACGCGUAGAUUCCCAUCUUCGUGCGGCUGAUAUGCAGAGCUAUUCGAGCGAGA